CAAAAAAUAAUCGCUUUAACUGUGGGAAUAGAAUUUGUCUUGAAUUUAAAAAAAAUAAAAUAAAAAUAGACUAGACAAGAUAAUCUUCUAUGAGAGAGAUCAUUCUUUUGCUCCAUUUGAUCUUAUACCGAUGGAGCUUAGCACAAGGUGGAAAUAUCCUGAAAAUAGGCAUCAUGCUAGAGGAAGGGAUGAUAAGCGAAGAUGAGGUGUGGAAAUUUGUGGAGGAAUUCAAGAAGGAAAAACAUUUGAACUCAUCAACGAUGAGUGUGAGUGUUGUUAAGACUCAAAAAUACGAUAGUUUUAUGAUGGUUAAAAGAGUUUGCGAACUGUUGCGCAAAGAGACAAGAUUGAUCAUAGGAUCUCAAUCGGAUGUUGGAACCGAUAUAGUUGGAUCAACAUUGUCGAAUUUUAAUGUCCCUCAUAUAAGGAUGCUAGGUGGGAGCCAGUAUACUGUAGCUGAGUCGACCAACAAAUACAAUGAUAAUUGGGUAAACAUACACCCUCAUUUUCCGCUUUUAAACAGAGCCUUUGUAGAUCUCAUAAAUCAUUUAGAGUGGAAAUCGAUGACUCUCUUUUAUGGUUCAGACGAAGGAUUGAUAAAACUCAAGGAGAUUUUAAAGCUUCCGUUUCACGAUCAUGACAUAACAGUAAACGUCCAAAGAAUCGGCCGACACGAUUUGAGACCCUUACUGAAAGAUAUAAAAAAUCAAGGGGAAUCUAAUUUCGUGGUCGAUUGUGACGUGGCCACAUUUCUGCAUCUUUUAAAUCAGGCGCAAGAAUUAUCAAUGGUUUCUCAUUAUUAUCAUUAUCUCUUCAUAUCUAUGGAUUUACAAAUGAUAAAUUUGACAUCGUUUCAAGACUCUGGGGUCAAUAUCACUACUUUCAAAUUAAUUAAUCCCGAGAGGAAUAAGAAAUUCAAUGAUUUGAUAGAAAAUUUCAAAAUUACGACGGGAGAAGCUCUUGUAUAUGAUGCGCUAUUACUUUAUUCCAAGGUAUUAUCAAACUUAAGUUCUUUCGAGAGAGACAGACCUGAUAAAUCAGACUUGGAUUGUAACAAAUUUAAUAAUAGCUCAUUCCCAUUCGGGAGUUUGAUCAGUGGUAAAAUGAGAAAAAUGGUAUUCGAAGGAUUAACGGGACGUGUCAUAAUCGAUAAAAAUGGUUUGAGAAAAGAUUUUUAUUUGAGCAUCCUCGAACUAACUAGGGAAGGCUUGAUCAAGAUAGGUUAUUGGACACCAAACACUGGCGUAAAAAUCAUGAGAAAUUUAACUCAAUAUUAUCGAAACGUCAUAGGAUCACUGAGAAACAAGACGCUAAUAGUUACAACUAUUUUGGAAGAUCCCUACGUUAUGCUAAAACAACCUAACGAUGGCUUAGAAGGGAAUGACAAAUUUGAAGGUUAUUGUGUCGAUCUUAUCAAUGAAAUAGCCAAAGUUUUGAAAUUCAAUUUUACGAUCAGGUUAGUUGAAGACAAUACCUACGGUGUGAAAGAUAAACUCACAGAAAAAUGGAGCGGAAUAAUAGGAGAAUUAAUAAAUUUAAAAGCGGAUUUAGCCGUGUCCGGCCUAACCAUAUCACAUCAAAGAGAAGAAGUAAUAGAUUUUACGAAACCCUUUAUGAAUCUAGGAAUAAGUAUAUUGUAUAAGAAACCAGUGGCCAAUGCCCCAGAUUUCUUUUCCUUUUUAACUCCUCUUUCAUUCGAAGUUUGGAUAUACAUGCUAGCUACUUACAUCGUUGUUUCUUUCAUGUUAUUCGUUUUGGCGAGAUUUUCACCUUACGAAUGGGCUAAACCUACUUCUUGCCAAAGGGAUCCUGGAGUGGUGGUUAAUGAGUUUACGAUAAUGAACAGUUUUUGGUUUACCAUAGGUUCUCUCAUGCAACAAGGUUGCGAAACGAUGCCAAGAGCCAAUUCAACCCGGAUUCUAAGUGGCACGUGGUGGUUUUUCGCAUUGAUAAUGAUAUCAUCCUACACAGCUAACCUGGCCGCCUUUUUAACGGUCGAACGUAUGAUAACUCCCAUAGAAAAUGCCGAUGACCUUUCCAAACAGAUAGAAAUCAGGUACGGCAGUGUAUACGGAGGCUCCACCAUGGCUUUUUUCCGGGAAUCAAAAAUUACGACUUAUGAAAGAAUGUGGGCUUCCAUGGAAUCCGCUCAGCCCACAGUGUUUGUCAACUCUUCAAAGCAAGGAAUUAAUUUAGUCAAACGGGCCAGUCCUAAAUACGCCUACUUGAUGGAAUCUACGUCCCUCGAGUAUACGGUCCAAAGAGAAUGCGAUUUGCAGCAAGUCGGGGGCCUAUUAGAUUCUAAAGGAUAUGGGAUAGCUACCCCUCGAAAUUCACCUUAUAGAGAUCCAGUGUCCAACGCGAUAUUGAAAUUGCAGGAAGAAGGCGUUUUGCACAAACUCAAAGAUUAUUGGUGGAAAGAAAAGGUAGAAAAAAAGUGUCCAAAAGAAGAAAAGAAAGACGUGGCCAACGAAUUAACAAUGAAAAACGUAGGUGGAAUCUUUCUCUUGUUGGUGGUCGGUUUAAUCAUAUCGUUGAUCACUGUAACAUUCGAAUUCGUUUGGAAAACAAUACAGAAGGCUGAACAAGACAGGGGAUCCUUAUGUCGAGAGUUUAUAAAUCAACUUAAAUUCGCUUUCAACUGUAAAGCUAGCAAGCAGAAGCCUCCUUCCAAUAUCAAAAGCACGUCUAACCAUUGCCUCAAUAAAUUGAGCAGCGUCGAGGGGUUGAUAUCGAACCAUACGCCAUCGAUUAAAGAAUUAAACGUCUACGAAAAAUUCUCAAAUUGAUUGUUUUUUUUGAGUCGUUAAAACCCAAAAUAUUUUUAUACUCAUUUGCCUUUAAUAUUUAGGCUUAAAAUUCUAAGCAGGAAUCAAACAAAAUAAAUUGUAUAUCCAAUUAAAAAU